AUGGCUCAGGCAUAUUCUGAAGUCGUCCCCGGCACAGUUCAUCUGGUCGAUGCUGGUCGCAGCGGUGGCAAUGACAUUGAACUUGUUCCCCGUCCCAGCGACGAUCCAGAAGAUCCCCUCAAUUGGAGCAGACGCCGCAAGCUCAUCUCCGCAGCCAUGGUGUUUGUCUACACUCUUGGCGUCGGUCUUCCUUCUACUCUUCAAUACUCUGUUCUUGUCGAGAUCUCUCAAGACACCGGUAUCUCCAUCGCCGAUUUAGUUCAAGGUACAGGAGUCAUGUUCCUCUUUCUCGGCUGGAGCUGUCUGUUCUGGCAGCCUAUUGCCUUGACCUAUGGAAGACGCGGUGUCUAUCUCAUUUCCACCAUCGCUGCUGUGCCCUUGAUGGUCUGGACUGCUUAUUCGCGAUCUGCUGGCGAGUGGUACGCUCACCGUAUCCUUCUCGGCUUCUUCGUUUCGCCUAUUGAAUCUCUUCCCGAAGUCAGUAUUCCUGACAUUUUCUUUGCACACGAGAGAGGAACGUGGAUGAGUUUGUAUGUCUUCGUUUUGUUCGGAUCCAAUUUCUUAGCCCCAGUCGUGGCUGGCUUCUUCGCCGAUGCGUACGGUUGGCGGUGGACCAUGCAUUUCGGUGCUAUUUUCGCUGCAUUCAGCUUCGUUAUCCUUUUCUUCUUUAUGGAAGAGACGAUCUAUUUCCGACCAACCUUUGAAGGUCUUGAGGAUCAGGAUGAACCGAUCAAGGGUCAAGCUGAGAAUGAUCUUGGCUCUGCGCAGAACAGUCCCGAACGACCGACCACGAAGGAGGGUGCUGGCGCUAUCGUCAACAGUGAUCAACUGCAAGGCACUGUGCACACAAAGAAGAGUCUCGCCACUCACCUCAAGCUCUUUGCUAGAAAGGACGGUCGUCCAACUAAAGCAAACAUGCUCAAGUCCAUGCUGGCUCCACUUCCGCUCAUGGUCCUCUUCCCCAAUGUCGCUUGGGCAGGGUUCAUCUACGGAAUUAACCUUUGCUGGUACAAUGUCUUGAACGCCACCACUAGCCCUAUCCUUAGUGCAUCACCGUACAACUGGUCUACUAGCAUGGUCGGCUUGAUUUAUGUCGGCCCCAUCAUUGGCGCUGUUCUCGGAUGUCUAUGGGCUGGUGCCAUCGCCGAUCGCCUUACUCUCUCCCUCGCUCGAAGAAACAAUGGCGUUCGAGAGCCUGAGCAGCGACUUUGGCCGUUGGCUUUAUCCGCCUUCUUAUCUUGCGUUGGGCUCAUCGUUUGGGGCGUUGGCGCUGAUAACGAUAUCCACUGGGCUGGACUGGCGAUUGGUUUGAUGGUACUCACUUUCAGCUGCGUCACCGGAGGCUCGAUCGCUUUGUCGUACAACGUCGAUUGUUUCAAGGAUAUCAGCGGCGACACCACGACUUCUAUCAUUAUUAUUCGCAACACACUGGGUUUUGCCAUCUCGUACGGAAUCACGCCUUGGUAUGUCAACAUGGGUCUGCAGAAUUGUUUCAUCAUGGCGGGUUUCCUCUCUCUUGGAUGUACUAGCACCUUUUUGUUCAUGAUCUGGAAGGGUAAGAGUCUGCGACGCCAUGCUGCACCGAGGUACUGGGACCACGUUCAGAAGAUGUUGCAGCACUAG